AUGAAGAAAGGGACCACAGAUGUUAACUUUCAGUCAAAGAUGAAGAAAGGGACCACAGAUGUUAACCCUCAAUCAAAGAUGAAGAAAGGGUCCACAGAGGUUAACUUUCAGUCAAAGAUGAAGAAAGGGACCACAGAUGUUAACUUUCAGUCAAAGAUGAAGAAAGGGACCACAGAUUGUAACUUUCAGUCAAAGAUGAAGAAAGGGACCACAUAUGUUAACUUUAAAUCAAAGAUGAAGAAAGGGACCACAGAUGUUAACUUUCAAUCAAUGAUGAAGAAAGGGACCACAGAUGUUAACUUUCAAUCAAAGAUGAAGAAAGGGUCCACAGAUGUUAACUUUCAGUCAAAGAUGAAGAAAGGGACCACAGAUUGUAACUUUCAAUCAAAGAUGAAGAAAGGGACCACAUAUGUUAACUUUAAAUCAAAGAUGAAGAAAGGGACCACAGAUGUUAACUUUCAUUCAAAGAUGAAGAAAGGGUCCACAGAUGUUAACUUUCAAUCAAAGAUGAAGAAAGGGACCACAGAUGUUAACUUUCAAUCAAAGAUGAAGAAAAGGACCACAUAUGUUAACUCUCAGUCAAAGAUGAAGAAAGGGUCCACAUAUGUGAACUUUCAAUCAAAGAUGAAGAAAGGGACCACAGAUGUUAACUUUCAAUCAAAGAUGAAGAAAGGGACACAGAUGUUAACUCUCAGUCAAAGAUGAAGAAAAGGAUCACAGAUGUUAACUUUCAGUCAAAGAUAAUGAAAGGGACCACAGAUUGUAACUUUCAAUCAAAGAUGAAGAAAGGGACCACAUAUGUUAACUUUCAGUCAAAGAUGAAGAAAGGGACCACAUAUGUUAACUUUAAAUCAAAGAUGAAGAAAGGGACCACAGAUGUUAACUUUCAAUCAAAGAUGAAGAAAGGGUCCACAGAUGUUAACUUUCAAUCAAAGAUGAAGAAAGGGACCACAGAUGUUAACUUUCAAUCAAAGAUGAAGAAAGGGUCCACAUAUGUGAACUUUCAAUCAAAGAUGAAGAAAGGGACCACAGAUGUUAACUUUCAAUCAAAGAUGAAGAAAGGGACACAGAUGUUAACUCUCAGUCAAAGAUGAAGAAAGGGAUCACAGAUGUUAACUUUCAGUCAAAGAUGAAGAAAGGGACCACAGAUUG